AACUAUUCAAUAUACUAUUGAAAUGGAAGAUACUGAAGAUUUAAAUAUUAUUAAAAUUUUGAUUGCAACAGACACCCAUCUUGGUUAUAUGGAUAAAGAUCCAGUCAGGGGAAAUGACUCUCUUAAUACCUUUGAAGAAAUUUUGAGUAUUGCUGUGGAAAAAAAGGUUGAUAUGCUGCUCUUGGGAGGUGAUUUAUUUCACGAUAACAAACCUUCUCGCUGGACCUUAUACAAGACCAUGGAACUAAUGAGGGAAUAUUGUUUGGGAGAGAGACCCUGUUUUUUGGAAAUCCUUAGCGAUCAGUCUGUUAACUUUCCUAGUAAUCGAUUUGGAUGCGUAAAUUACGAAGAUGCUAACUACAACGUCAGCAUACCGGUUUUUGUUAUACACGGGAAUCAUGACGACCCUUCUGGUGAUGGAAAUCUCUGCGCAUUAGAUAUCUUGAGCGUAGCUGGCCUUCUUAAUUAUUUUGGUAGAGCUGAUGAUAUAGAAAAUAUCAAAGUAACUCCGAUACUGCUGGAGAAAGGAACGACCAGGCUGGCUUUGUAUGGUUUGGGGAAUGUCAGGGACGAGCGUCUCUAUAGAACAUUUCUGAAUCAAAAAGUCCAAUUUCUACGUCCCGUUGAAAGCCCAGAUGAUUGGUUCAAUUUGUUUGUUAUCCACCAAAACAGAGUUAAUAGAGGACCAAAAAACUAUAUCCCCGAAUCAUUUCUUGCAAACUUUUUUCAUUUGGUGGUUUGGGGGCACGAGCACGACUGCUUUAUUGAGCCAGAAUUUAGAGAAGCGGGCAACUUUUAUAUUUCUCAGCCGGGAAGCACCAUUGCCACUUCUCUGACGGAGGGAGAGGCUCUUCCCAAACAUGUGGGAUUGCUGCAAAUUCGCGGCGUGGAGUUUAACUUAAAGAAAAUUCUAUUGAAGACAGUUCGCCCUUUUUUCGCCGCGGAGGUCAGCCUGUCCGACUCUGGCAUUGACCCACACAGCACAGACGAAGUUAGAAACUUUCUUUUCAAAGAGGUAAGCUCCAUACUUUCCGAGGCCACUGAAGCACGGGGUUUAGAGGAAGCCGGCGUAAAAAUAAGGCCACUGCUUCCGUUAAUUCGCCUAAAGGUGGAGUAUAGCGGCGGAUACACGCCCUUUAAUAUCGCUAGAUUUGGGCAGCAUUUUAAUGACAAGGUUGCAAACCCCAAUGAUAUACUACUCUUUUACAAAAGGAGGGGCUUUUGUGAUCCACAAGAGAAGAAGUUAAAUAAAGAUCGAGUGAAAAAUUUUGAAACCACUUUGAAAAACCUUGCAACCGAGAGAUUAUCUGAAGGCGUGCAAGUUGAAGAUUUACUUAAGCAAACCUUUGAAAAGUCUGACUAUAAACUUGAACUUUUGGGAGAAGAUAACUUGCUAGAGGCUCUAAGACUUUUUGUUUACAAGGAAGAAACUGACUCUAUCAAAAAAAGCGUCGAAUUGACAUUAAGAGUUGCUGCUGAGCGGUUAUUUGAACAACAUGAAGAGUUGAUGGAUGGCGGGCUUCCGAAAGUUCCGUUAAACCUUCCAACUAUCGCUGUUGCUGACCGCUCGUUUGCUAAAACGAACAAUAAAAACAAAUCUUGUGUUAUUACGUCCCCUCUUAAGAUGGAAGUGGAAGUAAAGAACUUUGAGAAAAUGAUGCCUACAACUCGGAAACAAUUUAGAGGUCGAGGUCGAGGAAAACUUCCACGUGUCUCGCGUGCUUUAAAAAAACAGUUUUCUCCGGUUGGUCCUCAAGUAAGUGAUGUUUCAUCCCCCGACGACGGCAUUGUGGAGGAUUAUUCGGCCCCCUCUUUAAAAAGUGGCCCCAUAAAGACGCCAAAAAAAUUAAAGUCAGCGAGGAAUGACCGCCGGAAAAUCUUUACUUCUACAAAGAAGCCCAAACUUUCAUUGCCGAAAAGCGAAGACGAGCAAGAAGAAACAAACGUUUUCAAAAUGAACUCUCAGAAGCGCCGACUUCCCUUUUUUGGGAGCCGCCAAUUCUUUUGACGGGUUUACAAAAGCGUACAAGCCAAUUUGUAUAUAUCUGGGACUUUCUCGAAGUUUCUCUUCCAGUAUUCUCCUGUAAAAAGCCAGCAGAAUUCGUUGAGGUCGUUGU